UUUCCGGUCACUCUUGGAAACAGUAGUCGGAGCUGCAGCUGAGACGGACUGGCAGCUGUCUGCCGCAUGAGAUUUCUUAGAACUGUUGGCCGCUGAGCCAGUGUGCAGCCAACAUGUCCAGCAGAAACAAUAACAAGCUGCCCAGCAACCUACCGCAGUUACAGAAUCUGAUCAAGCGGGACCCGCCGGCCUACAUCGAGGAGUUUCUACAGCAAUAUAAUCACUACAAAUCCAAUGUGGAGAUUUUCAAAUUACAACCAAAUAAACCCAGUAAAGAACUGGCAGAGCUGGUGAUGUUUAUGGCACAGAUUGCUCACUGCUAUCCAGAAGAUCUAAGUAACUUUCCUCAAGAGCUGAAAGAUCUUCUCUCCUACAAUCAUGCCGUCUUAGAUCCAGAUCUUCGAAUGACAUUUUGCAAAGCUUUGAUCUUGCUGAGAAACAAGAAUCUUAUCAAUCCAUCAAGUUUGCUGGAGCUCUUCUUUGAACUUCUGCGUUGCCAUGAUAAGCUUCUACGAAAGACAUUAUACACACAUAUUGUGACUGAUAUCAAGAAUAUAAAUGCAAAACACAAGAACAAUAAAGUGAAUGUAGUCUUGCAGAAUUUCAUGUACACCAUGUUAAGAGACAGCAAUGCAACUGCAGCCAAGAUGUCUUUGGAUGUGAUGAUUGAACUCUACAGAAGAAACAUCUGGAAUGAUGCCAAAACUGUCAAUGUUAUCACAACUGCGUGCUUCUCCAAGGUCACCAAGAUAUUAGUAGCUGCUUUGACAUUCUUCCUCGGGAAAGAUGAAGAUGAGAAACAAGACAGCGACUCAGAAUCUGAGGAUGAAGGACCAACAGCAAGAGACCUGCUAGUGCAGUAUGCCACAGGGAAGAAAAACUCCAAAAACAAGAAAAAGUUGGAAAAGGCAAUGAAAGUGCUCAAGAAACAAAAGAAGAAGAAAAAACCAGAGGUGUUUAACUUUUCAGCUAUUCACUUGAUUCAUGAUCCCCAAGAUUUUGCAGAAAAACUACUAAAGCAGCUGGAGAGCUCUAAGGAGAGGUUUGAAGUGAAGAUGAUGCUCAUGAACCUCAUCUCCAGAUUGGUGGGAAUUCAUGAGCUUUUUCUCUUCAACUUCUAUCCCUUUGUGCAAAGGUUUCUGCAGCCUCACCAAAGAGAAGUAACAAAGAUCCUUCUGUUUGCUGCGCAAGCCUCUCAUCACCUUGUGCCCCCAGAGAUCAUUCAGUCAUUGCUCAUGACUGUGGCCAACAAUUUUGUUACUGACAAGAACUCUGGGGAAGUCAUGACAGUAGGAAUCAAUGCUAUAAAAGAGAUAACAGCUCGAUGUCCUCUAGCCAUGACUGAAGAACUUCUCCAAGACCUGGCGCAGUAUAAAACACACAAAGAUAAGAAUGUAAUGAUGUCUGCUAGAACUUUGAUUCAGCUUUUCCGAACACUGAAUCCUCAGAUGUUGCAGAAGAAAUUUCGGGGUAAGCCUACUGAGGCCUCCAUAGAAGCGAGAGUACAAGAAUAUGGAGAGCUGGAUGCUAAAGAUUACAUUCCAGGAGCAGAAGUUCUAGAAGCUGAGAAAGAAGAGAAUGCUGAAGAUGAUGAAGAUGGGUGGGAAAGCACCAGCCUUGGUGAGGAGGAGGAUGCCGAUGGUGAAUGGGUUGAUGUGCACCACUCUUCCGACGAAGAACAGCAAGAAAUUUCCAAGAAGCUGAACAGCAUGCCUGUGGAAGAGCGGAAAGCCAAAGCUGCAGCCAUCAGCACUAGUCGAGUUUUAACUCAGGAAGACUUCCAGAAAAUCCGCAUGGCCCAAAUGAGGAAAGAACUUGAUGCUGCCCCCGGGAAAGCCCAAAAGAGGAAAUAUAUUGAAAUAGACAGUGAUGAGGAGUCCAGGGGUGAAUUACUGUCUCUUCGGGAUAUUGAACGCCUUCAUAAAAAGCCAAAGUCUGACAAGGAGACAAGACUAGCAACUGCAAUGGCUGGAAAGACAGACCGAAAGGAAUUUGUGAGGAAAAAAACCAAAAUAAAUCCAUUUUCCAGUUCCACAAAUAAAGAGAAGAAAAAACAGAAGAACUUUAUGAUGAUGCGCUAUAGCCAGAAUGUCCGGUCCAAAACUAAGCGUUCCUUCCGAGAAAAGCAGCUGGCACUACGUGAUGCACUUUUGAAAAAGAGAAAAAGAAUGAAAUAACUUCCAAACAAGUCUAAGGAGAAUGCAAAGUUUGUGUCAUUGCUCUGAAAAUUAGUAAAUCAAGAAUGUUUUUUUUUUCAUUAAAAAGUUCAGAAGUACUAUAUUGUGAAAUUCACUGUAAACUUGGUAGCAAUUUGGUGUUUUUAUUUUGGAGAUAGAAAAUGGUGGGAAUGUUUGCAAUGUAAAUAAUAGUAGUGAUGUAAAAUCAUUCUCAUUUAGCAUUCGUGCAAAAAAAAAUUAUUCAGUGCCUUCUAAUUGCCACUGUAGAUACAAAAAUGAAUGAGCCAUAACCUCUUCACUCAAGGCAUUCACAGCCUAGUGGGGGGCAGGUGUAUAUAUGUGUGUUUACAGUGCAGUGUAAAUAGUUCUCUAGUAGAGAUAGGUCCAUAUUUCUACGGGGUCACUGAGUCCUUAUGGACUAGCUCCGUGGGGAUAGGAGUUAUAGUUAUAUAUUCUUUUAAAACAAAACAAAACAGGACAAUGUUACAAGAGUAAGAGGUUCUUACUUGUAAAUAGGCUUCCCUGCUAAAAGCAGGUCCCUGCUGUACAGAUUUUGGGUAGACAGUUUAGCUCUUAGUCAAUCCAAAAGAUUUGAAUUGUUUUUUGAAUGCCAUGUAAAGGCUUUUUGGUUAAAACCUCACUUUUUAAAUUGCCUCAAGUAUAAGAAAUAAUUUUGCAAGGUCUUCUCUUCAUCAUUCGAGCUACCCACUGUUCAUAUUGGUUUUCUGAGCCUCCCUUCACCCUGUGAUAUUUUUCAGCCCACCAUUUGCCUUGUGUCAAGAAAAGGUUUCUAAUGUCAAAUAGGUACUUUUGUGUAUGUGCAGUAGUGUGUGUGUUGUUGUCCUUUCCCUAGGCAUGCUUGAGUUGACUUCAAGGGACAAAAUCUUUGCAUGCAAGUUGUUGUAUUUGGAAAUAGUUUGGUGCCUUUUGCCUCAGUCUUCUUAGAUAAUAUUGUGGUAGAUAAGAAAAUUGUUCAGUGUUACUUCAAAUUAGAGUAAAGGACAGUUUUCUGCCAACUCAGAAUUAGAAAGCAGCCUCUAAAAUUACUUUUCUUGUUUCCUUUAUAGUUUCUUCUGUUCACUUUCUGAGUUCAACUUCAGUUUUAUUUGAAUGAAACUUUGUGAUUCUCCCUAGGAUGCCCCAGAUCCCUUUUAGGGGAUUAGUCAAAUGUUCAGAGUCAACCCCCAACCUUAGUGCUUCACAGGAAGUGCCCACUGCAAAUUUGUAUAUUUCAGACCUGAAACUACUCGCGUUUCUUUUUGCAUUUUUGAACUGGAUGUUUCCUCAUGAGUGUGGAUCCAGAAAGUGAAUAAAAUUUAAAUGGCAUAGUAGCUAGGGUUCACAGCUUUGCUACAUGAAUUGUGAUGGUGCCUAGAAGUUUCAUCCUUCCCCUAGAUUUCUCCACCCCACUUUGAUGCCAAGAGAGUACAUUGCAUUCUGUGUUCUGAUUCUUCUACUGUGGCCUUACCAUGUUCUUAUCUAGUCUGAGGUUCAUAAGCAAGACAGACAGCUGGUUUUAAAAGGCACAUUCUUAACUUUUAUUUCUUUAAUUCCAUAGUAUCUUAUUUCUGCCCGAUUUAUUAUUGUAUAAAUCUUUCUUGAGAAUAUUUUCUGUUUACUUUCAAUUUAAAGAUUAGAUUCUCACAAAGGUUGAGUGACUUUGCAGGGUGACUUUUACUAAAGAAGUCAUCAGUGUUUGAAUUUGAGCUUUUCAUUCUCAAAUUUUUGUCAUCACUAAGAAUGAAUCCAUUCAGGGAUGAAAUCACUUUGUCUAAGCUCAUAAUAUGUAAAAGUGGUGUAUAAAUCCAGAAUGCCGAUAUAUUAUCUAUGUAAUCUUAACAAGUUUCACUCGUAAAUAAACUCCUCAUAAGGCAGAAAUUUGUGUCUGUUCUUUGCUGUAUUACCAGUGCUAGUUCAGUGUCAAAUAUAUAGGUUCUCAGGACAUAUUUGAAUACAUGAUUUAAUCCCUGGCUGUCAGUUUUCUGUCUGUAAAUAUCGUACACCUACCUCAUUGACUGUUCUGAGAAUUUUGAGAGCUAAUAUUUAAGCACUUAGCAGGUUGCCACAAAGUAAGCUUUCACAGCCUAGCGGGGGGCAGGUGUAUAUAUGUGUGUUUACAGUGCAG